UGUGCGCGACGGACUCGGGCUUUACAUAACGUAAUCACGCUGGAAUGACUUAAUGAUGACACGAUCCCGCCACUUUCACUGAGUCUGCUCCCCCAAUGGAUGCAAUCGUGUUAACGGUUUGAUUAAGCGGCUCCGAGAGUAUGGGAAUGGCGGCUCGGGCAAGGAGCAUGUAAGAGAAGGUGCGAGUAGAGGCUGAAUCUCGGGAUAUUGAUCUGAGAGAGAAGUGUACAAGCUAGUGGUCAGGAACCAGUUUACACACAGCUGAGGAGGAGCGCAUUGGAGGUAUCGGAUCGGAUAUACUGUGGAUUGCUGGAGAUUCAUUGAAAUUGCAUAGGAAUAUCAAGAUAGACCACUCAUCUCUGGUCGUUAACGCGAACCUAGUAGUAAGGAGUUUUAUUGUUGAGAUUAUCGUUUCCACACCGGUAGAGGUAUUUGCGAGUGUGGCACACGACGGCGCUGCGGGGAGACCAACUCAUGGAUCUAUAGGACGGAUUACACCUGCCUUAAACCGGCAUCGGAUAUGAUACAGAUCGUACAAUUGGAUUCAGAAAAUGAUAUCCCCGUUUAAUGUGCUUCCUUCUGUUUAUGUCUAUUUGUUCCUAACUCAAGGAUUCUCAAAAGGUUACCCCAUACCUAGCCGGGAGUCUACACUCUAGCACCAAACAUAAGGAUACAGGGAGAGGGGCCACCCUGGUCUUAGGGAUAUAGAUUAUUUCAUGCUUGAUGCUUGGCCGGGUUCUUUCGGGAUGUGAUUGAUUCAGGAUAUAAGGAGAAGGAUCCUACCCCUUGUUUAUCCACUCGCCCAGCCCAUUUCAUGCCUGUGGACGCCUUUAGUACAUCUCUUCAUUUCGGCCUCCAUGUUUCUCAUGCAAUGGGCUGCUGCGGCAAAAAAAGACUGCUAACCGUCAUGACCAGUCUCUGUGCUAGUUCUGCCUUUGUCCUGCUGUGUAUAGGGGUGGCCACGGACCACUGGCUCUACACAGUCGAGAGGGUGGACGACAUAGACUCGGACCCCUCAACUAGAAAGCAACCAGUGAACGCGACAGACAUAUUCAGAAGGACCACUUCUGGCUUGUGGAGAAAAUGUGUAGAUAUGGAUAACAAAAAGACCCAAUGCAGCUAUAUAAAAUAUUUCUCAGUAGGAGAGGAUGAGCUCGAACCAACAGAGACGAUAUUACGGUCCAUGCGCCGGUCGACAAUCUUUCCCUUGGUUGGCUUGUUGAUGUUGCUUAUUGGAGAAAUAAUCAGUUUCGUUGGGCUAUGUACACAGAAAACCAAAGUGCUUACAUUUAUAGCGGGAAUAUUAUUCGUAGUAUCAGGGCUGUGUGUACUCACAGGGAUUAUACUUUAUAUUGUUAGUAUUAGUAACGAAGUGGGGAAUAAACCAAAAGAAGCGAACUCCUCUGCAGUGAGAUUUAGAUAUAAAUACGGUUCAUCCUUUCUAAUGACAAUAACGUCUUUCAUUCUGAGUGAACUUGGCGGUGUACUGUCUGUCUAUCUGUAUAUAUCGCGUCACAAACAUGCUUAUAGGAAGAAGCAAGAACGUUUGGCCAUGCUGCAUGGCAACCAGAGACCUCAUCCGGGCCAAAACAGAAGAUCUCGCUCAUACUCUCGCGAUUCACGAGAUCGCGACAGUAUGCCUGGAGAAAGUUAUUUCACAUAUACGCCAGUCUCCGAUACGCCGAAUGAACUAUCGAAUUACACCUUAUCUCGGGACACCUCCAGACAAACAAUGUCCACUACUGCCGAGACUCAUUUAGGGAGAGAUCACCUGUUUAUAUCAAGGUCUGCUGAGAACCUUCGGCGAACAACGCCUGUGUAACAAAUGCGUAGUCCCUGAUCGCUGGUGCAGUAUGGUAUUUCAGGAGGGAUUGCAAACUAGUGGUAAAUUCAAUAUAAAGUUUGCAGUACUAAUUAGGAGUAUCGGUUUAACCUUUUUUUCGUUGCGGGAAAGGUUGAAAGGUUGUGCCUGAACUUUUAUAAGAACCUCUCAAUCAGAAAACCCUCCGUGUUCUUUGCUUUUUCGAGGAGGUGGCUCCUUCUUUCAUUUGCUUUAUUUAUGUGUUGUAGGUCGUUGUAUUAGUAAAACAGUACAUCUCCAGAUAAGCCAUACUGAACCAGUGAAGCGUUGGCUUCCAUACGGCCUGGGGGUGGCUGUGGAGAAAGACAAGUCCAUGAGGCCUGUGCCACUGCGAAUGCGAAUCAGCAAUGCCCACCGUUGUAAGAGAGAGGAACACUAUUGCACAAAAGGCAUUGCGGGAGUAGGCUACGUGUACGACUUCCAUAUGAUUUCAUGCAGAAUUUUCGUCUCGAUCACGAGCAUGGGGAGGCCACUAUCCGGCAUUCGGACUGUUCGUUUACCCAUUGAGCCUUGUCCGAUAUUGGAACUGAUCUACUGCCUAAAUUCCCAACAGCUUGUCUGACACGUGAACAGUGUCUGUCAUCUGUAUCUGGCUAUUUCGUACCAUCAUCAUGGAUGGCCAGUCUUUGGCGGUUUUGUCAAGGAACAUUUGGUCAUACACGUAAGUGUAAGGUUGUUCCCUUUGGAUGGCUCAGUGAGAAGAGGAAAAAAUAAACAACCGAUCUGGAGAAGAAACAGAGUUGUGGGCGGAAUAGGUCGUUGCAGUCUGGGAGAUAUCGUGAACUUGCCACAUGUUUUUUAUAGUGCCAUUUAGGUAAUCAAUGUACAUACGACUUACAUGUAUAAAGGGUUUGUAGGUUCUUUUGAUAACGACCACUGUAAACAACAUCCAUUACAUAAUGUACCAGCACAUGCAUAUUCAUGGGUUUAUUGUUUGAUUACUUGGGUGUUGAGGUCUGAGUCGUGUUUUGUGUCGCCAGAAAACUAAUGGAACAUUCUUAACAAACCCAAACCGUGAAAAAGCAGAUCUCAUUUAUGGUCACGGAGCCGCUGCAUAUUCCAAAGGGGAGUCAAUACAAAUGUUGCGAACCGGUCGCACUAGUUACAGCAUGAGAGCCAUCUGUGUUUGAUCUACACAGCGAGUCUGACAACCUGAUAACUUAUAUUCUACCACUCAAAGUCACCAGGGCAGAAAAAUGAUUCUUGGCGCCACGUGAUGGAAUGUGGUGAUGUUCAAGCAGUGUUCUGGCGACCUGGUUCGUUCUUUCGCGAGUAUUCUUUGUUACUGGGCCUUCCCGGGCAGGUACAGACAGUUACGUGUUGUUCAUGUCAUUGCAUAUCCGACUAUUAGCAAUAUUUGAUCAAUUAUUUCGACUUAUGAUAUCCUUAAACACUGAAGACAUCAUAAAAGAAACCUGAAAGCUCAUCAUGUUCCGCAUCCAAUUGCUUGCCAGGAAUGGAAAUCAGAUUGACAAAUUCAUCGAUGUUUUUGGUAUGAAAUCUAUCACCGGCCACAACUGGAGUAUCUUACCAAACCACUGAUACCACAAUGGGUGGCUGUCACCAACCUAAAGCAGAGUAAGCUAUGAAGUUCGUAUCAAAGGUCAGAGACGAAGAGGGACCACCGCCAUAUCACCAAGAUUUAUUUAUUAUGAGUGUGUUCGUUAUGUGCCACAAUACAUGGUGGAUGACGAUGGUCUUCCCUGAACAUUCCUUUUUACUGCCCUCACAAGAUCACGAGGCGAAGAUGACUUGCGCUGAUAGACAAACAUUGCAGAUGGAUAGAUGCAUUUAAUGGGGGAAUUGCUACUGUUUUCCCUCCCUCAAGAAGACGAUCUUUGCCCUAUUAGUUAGACUGAGUAAAGUUAGCCUUCCUUACGUUGAAGCACCUUCAUUAAAGUGGUACUACAAUGUACUUCAUUGUUUAAUUGACGCGGCCUUGUAUAUUGCUUUUUUCAUGAAUAUGUCAAGUUACAACAUCCGGGUGGAGGUUCUUUAGUGUUUUACUUUCUCGUCGUUGUGAUAUGGCCAUGCAGUCGAAACUAUUUCAGCAAUAUAGCAUACAUAUCAUGUAUAUUUUGUACUCAUUCUAUGGCAUAGGUUUUGUGCGCCGCUACAUGACAGAACUGCAACGCGCGGGUUUCUUGGUAUUAGCGCUGGAUAGCUGGGCACGAUUUGUAAACGAAUUGCUCAAAUAAUGUCUCUGUAUCAUCGGAUAUAUUUGUAUUGUAACGGCCAUAGUUUACAUCGUUCAGUUACAAGCAGGUGGAGAUGUCAUAGGAAUAGCUGAUACCAGUACACGCUGAAUAAAUCGCAUUUUUGUAACUGCUGAACACUGGACAUUUAUUUCUCAUCACACGACUCAUUAGUUUCAUUUGCUAGUUCCACAUCAUUCCGUUGGUGGCGCAGGCUGGGGACAAACAACCUGCUCUUCACGCCAUGGUUCAGUGGGUUCUAUAUUGUGAUCCUGUACAGGGUUUCGUGUAAACUUAGUUAACGAGUGAUUACUUAACUUGUAGUUUGUUAUAUCUAUAGAGCUACAUUACGUUCUAUUAAUGAAAAAGACUUUAUAUGCCUUAUAUACCUCAAGUAAGGUUGGUAAAUUAGGUAUUGUUAUUCAAGCACCUGAGCGUGCAAUUCAACAAUAAGUAUACAAACGACAUCAUUGGAAGGUUUCGAUGAAAUGUUUGCAGUUUCAAGCGUAACGGGUUUAAUUAUGACCAAGAUUAUGUUGUUCUUCAUCAUUCUCACUGCAACCAUAUUCCAUAAAAGCUGUUACACGAGGGACAGUGUCAAGAGGAGAGGCUGAGGUCAUGGCUACCAUCCCCCGGGGCCGACAUAACUUACGCCAAAGGCGUUCUGAUAGUGUGUAACUCAAGAAAGACCUACAUUUAAAGUAGCAGGUCGAAGAAUCUAGCAGGAACGUUUGGUUUGGUAGAUUUGUAAUUCGACCUUGAUACAUGUACAUGAACUUACUGAAAUGAGCCAUUUAAACAUCUAACACUCGCAAAUUUUCGACGAAACCUUCUCGAUUAUGAUCAUGUAGUCCACUUCUCUCUGGCGAUGGUUGGUAUUUGUAUUAUAGACAAGGUCUAGCCUUUACCAAGCUAAUUAGUUAUUAGUUUUUAUAAAGGGACGUCUUGGUCGAAUUCAUUUUGUAAGUUGUUCAGAUCCUUAAUAAAAGAUAUGGAAAUAUCAAAAA